UACCUACAGUAAAAUAUAACUGAAAGGAACAUAAAUUGUUAUUUUGCACUUUAAAAGUAUAAUUUGUGUUUCUUGGAUUUAUUGAUUAUUUUUCAUGGUCUUCUAAUUAAGGUUUUUUUUAAAUCAAUUUGAUUGUUGUAUAUGCUUAUGUUUAAGUUAAACAGUGGUUAGGUUGCAGUUUUGAGUUUUUUGGGGGGAUUUUCUAAUUUAAAUUUUAUUCAAUAGUAGUACACUCACUCUUAGGUUUAAAGUUACUUUCUACAACCCAUUGGUUAGUAAUAAAGGGGUCAGUUUUUUCCUCAUACCUACUUUUGCUGGCUUUUGUUUAAGUAAUAUCACGCGAUUGAAGGCAUUUCAAACAUUCGAUACGACAAAAUAACUAUGUGUGAUUUGUUGCUGAUCUCGUAUUGGAUCAAUUACGGUAUCUGUCAAUACUCAACGCUGCAAUAUCUGUAUCGUAUCGGAACUGAAUAAAAGUGGUCCUUAUCAAUUAUGACUUUGCUCCUGCCUUUCCUUCGGUUAGUUCAGACUUACAAAUUGACGUACAAAUUAAUUGCAGAAAUGAUAUAGAGGACUUUCUUGUGAUAUUCAUUAGGCGUCUGGCGUGCUAUUACGGGCCUGGUGGAAGUGUCAGUUGCAUGCUUGCCCGGUCAGUGCUCAGCAGCGGGACAGACACAUGGUCUCGAUAAAUCACCUGCUUUUACGGCCGUUGCGGCAGGAAGCGUGUAACUGUGGAGGCGGGUCAGCUGCUGGAGGGCAUCAAUGUUUUCUGGCCUGUCAGCAAAACACUUAAAUUGCAGCUGUGGUUGGUUUCCUGAACAAAAAGCGGAACAAAGGUGAUAAUACACUAUUUUUCUCAGCCUUACCUUUAAUGCUUUGAGGCGAUGACAUGCAUUUGCCUUUCAGUCUCUGAUGUUCUUGGUCUUUGAAAGAAAUCCUGACAUUUUUGGCCCAACAAGUCGUUUGAACUGUAACAAGAUAAUAACCCACAUGUCCUGAACAUUGUGUUCCUUUGGCGAUGGGGCUGUCGUCUGUUGUUCAGAGCUGAAAGGCCAAAAGGGAAUUAGAGUAAAAAAUGAUUUGGAUGGAAAUGCUGGGAAAAAAAGGAAUCACUCGCCAAUACCAGUGGUGGGCAGUCUGUUGGCCUUAAACACUUUUCAUUUACAACCUAAAUUCUAAAGUAUGUUCUGUUUGUUUCAUACACUUCCUCUUGGCUGCACUACUUCUAGUGUAUGCAAGAUUUGUUAUUUUUUUCCCCCAAUCAUGUUUUAGCCUCCGCCAUGUCAAUCGAAUCUUCCCAUGGCCUUCGGAAUCAAUAGUACUGGCCCAUGUAACGUCAGCCAUACAGUACAGAAUCACUAAUGGGCGUGUUCGUUUAAUCAGAUUUCAGAUUUGCCUGCGCAGGGCCAGAGCGCUGACCUUUGACUUCAGCGUUUUUCCUUCCUCUGAUUGGUUGGUCAGAGCAAACCUGUCAUAGCCAACUUCGAAUAGCAAAACACGUCUGUAGUGACCCGCACACCUGAGUACAAUUACUAAUCAGUGUCUCCGUUGAGUAGUCGUAUUUAUGUCGUAUUUUUAGGUAAAUGAUUGUGACCUGCUCCAGAUGUAUGUGGGACAGUUGCGUGGUGUCAUAAUUAGCCGCACUUUGUUCCAUCAGUUUGAAUUUGUUUCUGCUCUAAAAAUGUAUUUCUUGUGUUUGAAAUAACUAUGAAUGCGUCGCUCAGCAUGAACUAUGCGUUCAACCAAAUAAAGAUCUGAAACAUAUUUUCUUCAAAUGAAUACUUAAGCUGGUGCUUCAAUGUUAUGCCUCUCAUGUAAGACUAAAAAAACCGACAUGGAGGUUUGGAUUUUCAAGCAAAGGGCGUGUAUUGCAGUUGAUUUCUUUAAACCCCUCUCUUGUUGAUGACUCAAUUUGCUUAACCGCAACGUGCCCACAGCAAAAUGGCGCCAGAACGCUGAUGGCAAAAGCGAUGAAAUUGUCGCACACCCACCAGUGCCUCAGUAGACGUUAGCCUUCCAUGUAUUCCGAAGCGUCCCCCUGAGUCGGCCCAUUGUGCUUGUAGCCGAGUGGUGAAUAGUGUUCGGCAGCAUGGGGAACAAUAUGUGAUUGUUCCCCUGCUGUGCCGGAGGAGCCACGGGUUACUCCCUGUACCAUCCCCAGUGCGCCUGAGGAGGAGGAAAUGUGGCGCAAGGUGUCGCGAACCAGUCAUUCGUGGAGCUUUGAAAGCUUUGCGGUGCCUGCUUAGUCGGUCGGGAGGAGGGGGAGGCCACGCAGUUCUAGAGUCAUUUGCCUAUGUUGACAGCGCUGUGGGAAUAAAAGCUUUCAUAGUCAAGCGUGGAUUCGGAUUUCAGGGAGGAGAGCGAGCGGAAGUGCUAUUUUGUUAGCAUGUCGUUCAAAUCCCUCAAGGAGUUCGGCCUUUCGGCUGAACGUCUGGGCUCCAUUUGUAAGAGAUGGAUGGCUCGCGUCCAAAGCAACGGCAUGAAGAUGAACGGGUCGUCGGAACACUUGGAUCAGCCAGACCCAGACUCCAUCAAGAUGUUUGUGGGACAGAUCCCUCGCUCCUGGUCAGAAACGGAACUCAAGGAGCUUUUUGAGCCUUUCGGAGCCGUACACCAGAUCAACAUCCUUCGCGAUCGCACCCAGAACCCCCCUCAGAGCAAAGGAUGCUGUUUUGUAACUUUUUAUACACGAAAAGCUGCACUGGAUGCCCAGAAUGCCCUACACAACAUAAAGACCUUAAGUGGGAUGCAUCAUCCUAUCCAGAUGAAACCCGCUGACAGUGAGAAAACGAGUGCGGUGGAAGACAGAAAGCUCUUCAUCGGAAUGGUUUCAAAGAAAUACGGCGAGAACGAGGUCAGGAUGAUGUUCUCGUCCUUCGGCCAUCUGGAGGAGUGCCGAAUCCUGCGCGGACCGGACGGUCAGAGCAGAGGCUGUGCGUUUGUCACAUUUGCUACCAGGGCAAUGGCACAGAAUGCAAUCAAAACCAUGCAUCACUCUCAGACUAUGGAGGGCUGCUCCUCGCCUCUGGUGGUGAAGUUUGCCGACACGCAGCGGGAUAAGGAGCAACGCCGUCUGCAGCAGCAACUGGUGCAGCAGAUCCAGCAGCUCAACAGCGCCUCUACCUGGGGGAACCUGGCCGGCUUGGGCAGCCUCACGCCUCAGUACCUGGCUCUGCUGCAGCAGGCCGCUUCCACGAGCAACCAGAGCAGUUUCAACAGCAUUCAGAGGCUAGGAGUGAAUCCCCUUCAGCUGCAGAAUUUGGCCACAUUAGCCGCUGCGGCCGCGGCAGCCCAGAGUUCUGGCAGUCCGACCUCCGCCAGUGGCCUGUCAGCCGCCACCAGCGCGCUCGGAGCGCUUGCCAGUCCAGCCGGCUCAACAGCGGCUUCCAGUGCCAGUGCCGCCAUGAACACGUUGGCAUCUCUGGGCACCCUGCAGGGUCUCACUGGGGCCUCGGUUGGCCUCAACAACCUCAACGCUCUCACCAGCGGCGUCGGCGGAAUGGGGGCCCUGAACGGAGGCCUGGGCUCGUCCAUGGCCAACGGCUCGGCGGCCAGUUCCAUGGACGCGCUGACCCAGGCCUACUCAGGGAUGCAGCAGUACACGGCCUCGGCCCUGCCCUCCCUCUACCCCCAGCCUCUCCUGCAGCAGAGUAUCCCCGGCCACCAGAAGGAAGGGCCAGAGGGUGCCAACCUGUUCAUCUACCACCUGCCGCAGGAGUUCGGGGACCAGGACCUUCUGCAGAUGUUCAUGCCCUUUGGGAACGUGGUGUCUGCCAAAGUGUUCAUCGACAAACAGACCAAUCUGAGCAAGUGCUUUGGGUUCGUCAGCUAUGACAAUCCCGUGUCGGCGCAAGCUGCCAUCCAGGCCAUGAACGGCUUCCAGAUCGGAAUGAAGCGGCUGAAGGUUCAGCUGAAGCGUUCCAAGAACGACAGCAAGCCCUACUGAUUCCCAAUCCCACCCCCCACCCUCCCUGUUUACCCCCUCCUCCCCAGCUCUAAUGCUAGCAAUGCUAGGGUAAGUUCGCCCUCCGGCCAGUCACCACAGCACAGACUCAAUGGGGGGCAGGGGGUGGAGAAAGGAGCCCUGUGGCUUUCCCUUAAACAAAAAAAAAAAAAAAAGUUUGCAAUGAUCUUUUCAUGUCUACUGUAUUUAAUUCCUGCUGUUUUAUCUUGUCAUUUGACUGAAAUAUUUUAUUGUAUGAUUAUUUAUGACUCACUGGAGUCGGUGUUGUCGCUGGAGGAAACUAGCGGGGGAGAGAGAGAGAGAGAGAGAGAGAGAGAGAGUCGGAUGUUUUUUUUCUUCCCCAUGCUUUUGACAUUGCGUUCACCUCACGCUUAGACGGGUUGACUAAGGAUCACCUGGGUUUCAAGAACCAAGCCAUGACCACCAGUCAUCGUUGUGCUUCUUUACCUACAUUAGCCCGUCUCAUGGCUCGUUCUUAAUGUUCCCCUUGUUGUUUCGAUGUCUCUCUCUAUCUUUCUAUUAUUAACACCCUCCUGCAGUCAUUCCAUCCAUCUGGGUUCGACUCCAAAUGGAUCAUUUAGUUGCCAAGUACAUUGCAUGUCGGGAGUCCAUUUUGUCACUUUCUUCAGGCCGUGUAUUGUUUUUGUGUCAGCAGAGGCGGGAGGCAUCGUGUACGUGUGUUGUUUACCUUUUACUGUUUGUUGCCUCUGUCAGGGUUCCCCCGAAAACAGGAAAUGUGUUUCCUCCCGAAGGAACAUGCCUUUCUGUGACUCUUCCAGUCUCUUGGUUGCAACCUGCUGCUGACAAUCUGUAACACUCAUCCCCAACUAGGGGAGCAGCUAUGGAAUCGAUUAUUCCACCGAUUAAUCGGAUACAAAUGUAUUUAGAAUUUUAGUUUAUUCUCAAAUUUUUUCCCCCUGAUUUAUUGACUGAUUAGUGUUUUUUUUAUUUGGUAUGGUUUAAGCAACCAAAUUAAGAACAGUUGGGCAAUAUCGCUCUCCAACCUUUGUGAAACCGAGAGCUACUUCUUGGGUACUGAUUCAUGUGAAAGAAGGGCUACAAUUUCGAUAUACACUUCUGAGGGUGCUUCAGGUUUAACUACGUUAGUUACAGGUUAUCCAUACAAUGCCUGCAAAUAACCAUUAUUUCAGUAAUAGAUUAAACUAACUUUAUUUUUAUCCAUAAAUUGAUUAUGAUUCAGUUACUGGUUUGGUCUAUAGCAUCCUUCAAAAAAAAAAAAAAAAAAAAGGCAAAAAUGUUGAUUUUUUUUUUUGGUUUUCCAAAAAAGAAGACAUUUGCAAAAAUCUGCUUUUGAUUAAACACAAAGAUAAUCCAUCUGCUUUCAUGGAGGACUGAAGAAAUCUGUGAACUGUUAAAAGUUGCUGAAAUUAGAGGAUUUAGAAAAAUGUAAGUUAAUGGCUCUUUAGCAAAGCAAAUUUAUUUAUAUAGCGCAUUUCAUACACAAGGUAACUCAAUGUGCUUUACAUGAUUAAAAGCAUUUAAAAACAAGGGAAAAACAGCUUAUAAACAUUUAAAACAGAGAAUAAAAUAAAAAUACAAUCAAAACAGCAUACCGUGCUAGAAAUAUCAUUUAAAAGUGGAAAUGCUCUAAAAAGCAUAGGAAAAAAAAGUUUUUAACCUGCACUUCAAAACGUGCCCACUUGGGACUGACGUGACUUCUGUUGGCGGCAACUUCCGUUUGUGUGCAACAUAAUAGGUAAAUGUGUUUGCGUCGAUCUCGGAGCCCUACUGGCUUUAUAUUCCAUUAGCAUUUCAUUCAUGUAUUCUAAGCGAUUUAUCGAUUAUCAAACGGUUGUCGAUUAAUUUUGAUAAUUGAUUAGUUGUCGAUCAGUUGUUGCACCUCCAACCCCAACAGUCCAAAUCAUCCAAAAAUUGCGUGCCUAUUGCUGGUGAUCAACGAAUUGGCUUCCAGUAUUUCAAACUUGGUAGUGGGUGGCCAUUUUGUUUUAGGGGGUUAGAGCCCUGCUCUGUGUUGAUUGUUGUUGGUGGUGGUGUUUUUUUGUGCCUCAUGGCUAAAACGAUUCUUGUGCCGUGGCCCUAACUUUCUCCUCUCUUUGUCCUCUUUCUUUCCUCUCUCUCUCUGUCUAUUCUGUGUUUGUAUUCCUUUUGUUUGAUUUUUAGAACAACUCUCCAUGCCUGUUUGCUCAUCAUUAGCCUAGCAUGUCUUCAUGAUGUUGAAAGGCAAGGCGCGCUCCCCGCUGGCCUCCUCCUCAUCUUCACCACCGCCAUUGUCUGUGAUGUCUUUCUAAGGUCGCCUGACCAAUACCUGGCCCCGCCCACUUAGCUCAACCUCACUUGUUUUCUGCAUGCGUGUUCGUCAUUUGUUUUGUUUUGUAUUGAAAUGUGACGGAUGGGAGAGAGGUCAAGCAAAAUUAAUGUGAAAACGUUCCUACGUUCAACUUUUUUUUUUUUUUCUUUUUUUUUUUUUUUUUUUUCUAUCGAAUGUUUUAAAAACCUGUGGGAUUUUUUUGUUUUGU